AUGGCACUGCGUGACAUCAUGGGUGCUAUUGGGGGGCUGUGUGACAGCGCCAGCAGGUCUCGGGGCGUCGGCAACGCCAUCUCCACCGCCCAGCAGCUGAUAGGGAGGCUGGACCGCAGCAGCGGUGGCGACCGCGGUACGGCAGCAGCUCGCGACGCCGGCGCCCCCGGGCCGGUGUACCCCGAGAACACGGUGUUCCUCAAUGUGUACGACAUCACGGAGGCCAACAACGUGCUCUACCACGCGGGCCUGGGCGUCCACCACACCGGCGUGGAGGUGUACGGUAUGGAAAUCGCAUUUGGACGCUGCGAGGAGGGACCGGGUGUGUUCCAAACGAUGCCAAAACAAACAGAGCCGCACAUCUUCCGUGAGCAGCUGGUCCUCGGUGAGACGCAACUAACACGCGAGCAGGUGUGCAGUUUGGUAGAGGAGUUCAGAGCCAAUACCACUCAGUGGUCUGGGCGCGCCUACCAUCUGAUUCGGAACAACUGUAACUGCUUUUCCGAGGCCUUUGCGAAGCGGCUGCUUCCCCCCGAUCUGCGGAAGCAGCAGCAGGAGCAGAAACUGGUGGAGGUGUACGAUGGCGGCGAGCGCGAGGAGGUGCAGCUGGAGAAUGGCGAGAAGGUGUCGCUGCCGGUUAUUAUGCCGAGCUGGGUCAACAACCUGGCGCGCAGUGCCACACGCUUUCUCCCCAACGGGGCGGUGGAUAAGAUGGAGGAGAUGGAUAUGGCGUCGCAGAGGUCGCGGAAUGCCGCGUAA